GCGCGCGCCGCUGACGCACAGCCGGGCUGCGGCGCGGCCAUGGCGAGCGACUUCUACCUGCGCUACUACGUGGGGCACAAGGGGAAGUUCGGGCACGAGUUCCUCGAGUUCGAAUUCCGGCCCGACGGUAAGCUGCGCUACGCCAACAACAGCAACUACAAGAACGAUGUGAUGAUCCGAAAGGAGGCUUAUGUGCACAAGAGUGUGAUGGAGGAGCUGAAGAGAAUAAUCGACGACAGUGAAAUCACAAAAGAAGAUGAUGCUCUGUGGCCUCCUCCUGACAGAGUGGGCCGACAGGAGCUCGAGAUAGUAAUUGGUGACGAGCACAUCUCCUUUACAACGUCAAAAAUCGGUUCCCUCAUUGAUGUAAAUCAGUCCAAAGAUCCAGAAGGUUUGAGAGUGUUCUACUACCUGGUCCAGGACCUUAAAUGUCUUGUCUUCAGUCUUAUUGGACUCCACUUCAAGAUUAAGCCAAUUUAAGUCAGACAAACUGAAGUUUGUAUUGCAAUAUUAGCAGUAGGGGUGGGGAGGGAGAAUCCUGUUCCAGUUCUUCAUUGUUUCUGAAAUUUUUUUGUACUUUAGAUUAUUUUUUGAUUGUUAUUUUGUUGUUGUUACAAACUGUCAGUGACUCAAUAAAAGGGUGAUAUCUGCGUUUUUAAUUUUUAA